UCAACAUGGCUGCGCUCAUCCAGGUAGUCGCUCGCCAAGCUCAGUUAACUUUUGGCCGUGGCUUUUUCGCUGAUGAAGCGUUCCGUGAUUGCCUCGCUCGACUGCAGAGGAUAAUCGGUCAGGUCACGUACAAGGACGUUAACUUGGACUUAGAUCUGCUGCACUCGCUAUCGAAGACCACCAACGGUGGCAACGCAGCGCCCAUCACGUAUAUAUCCCUCUACGACAGCGUGGUAUUUAGCAUGAGUAUCUUUAUCAUACGCCGCGGGGAGCGUAUACCGCUGCACGAUCACCCCGGGAUGUUUGGUGUCCUCAAAGUGCUGUACGGUUCCGGAACUAUACGCAGCUACAGCGCGCUGAUGCCGCCCGGCAGUGACAAAGACGUGAUCGAAGCGCAGCGCCACCCGGAUCUCACUGUGGGCCCGGACAGUGCACCCUGCUGCUUGACGCCGACCGAACGCAAUUUCCACGAGAUCCGGGCGCUGGACGGGCCACUUGCCUUCCUCGACGUCCUGGCACCGCCGUACGACAGCGUCACCCGUGACUGCCACUACUACAACGUGACUUCGUCGCCUGUGGGAGAAGCCAACGUGCGCCUGCGUAGUGUGUCGCCGCCGCGCGAUUUCUGGUGCGAAUCUUCGGCCUAUACUGGACCUCCGAUCGGCCUUUCUGCUCAGUAAAUAGGGACUUGCGCGUAGGGCCGCGAUUGGAAAGACUGCGUGUCGUUUUGAUGCGAAUUCUGUGUCUGUCGGUUGUGUUGCUCGCACGAACGCCUCAAUUCCCGGGUGAGCAGCGACGGUGGUAUCGAAGCGAGAGCCUUUCGGCAUGCCACCACCACCACGUGGUCAUUAGCCCCGAGCUCGCAACGAGUACGUCAUAUUGCGCACGAACUUUUUUCUUUUUUUUUUUCGCUCCUGUUAUUUAGCGGUCAUUGCACUGCUCGGGGUUUCUUACUCGACACAACUGCGCUGGCGUGGUGCUGGCCUUUAGAGUUAGUAGCGUUUGAGUUGUAAAAUAAUCGUGUAGAUUUACAGGGUGCAUCGAUUUCUUUUUUUUUUUUUACGCCUUAGAAAACAGCUCUGUUUGGCGAAAGUGCGACUUCUAUGAUCCAUUACCGUUUCAAACCCCAUUGUAUUGUCAGUUCCAAGUCACCAAGAUUUUAGCUGUCAGCUCUGGUCACUAACUUGUACUCGUUCAUUGCCCACUUCAUUUGCAGAGCACUACUGAAAUACAUUGCAACUUUCAGAAGUCGUUCUUCAGCAAAAGUACCUUUCUAGGGGUCAAAUCUGCUUGAAAAGUUAAACUCAGCAGUUAUACGCGAAAGAGUUGCUACUGCCACUUGCAGGUGGUUGCUACCCUUUUCUCAAUAUAUUAUAAAAUAAACAAAAUACUUCUUUGCACUCCGUGAUACAUGCCUGAAUAAAGUGUAGUAAAUAAAAGCACAAGAGUGAAAGAUGUCGGAGCCUUGUUACCUUCCAUUUUUCCACCUUUAGGGUAACUCUGUCAUUAGCAUUCUUUCUUGGUUUCGGAACAGGGUGUACAGGAAAAGUGUGCCUGUAGUACUUGCAUUCGAUGCUGAGGUAAAACAAUCUUUUAUUGGCAUUCUUUUGCCAGCCACGAUGACUAGUGAACUGCUUGACAGCCCUUGAAAAAUUGAUAAAUCAGUUUGGAAACUGGUGGUUUCAAUUGUGAUGUAUAUGGCUGUAAUACAAACACGAUGAGUUGACUACAGAGACACUAGGUCACAGAGGUGCUGUUUUAUGCUUGUAUGGUGCAUUCUGUGCUGUUUACACUUGCAGCAUAACUAGACUUGGUGUACCAACUGUUAUUCCAUUUAGGUAACCAUAAGAACAUAAAUGUGAUGUACAGUAAUGUUUUGAACUGCCAUCACAUUUUACCUCCAACACACUGUGCUUUUCUAUUGAUGGUUUCAAAGGUGUUAUCAGCUCCUACACUAAACUAACUUAUUUUUCACAGUGCCAAUAUUUCUCAGCCUUACUGUUAGACAAAAGCAAAGAUAUGUGUAAUCUCAUCUAAUUUUCACCAGUUAUUAA